AUGGCAGGUUGCAGGUGGGGGGUGCUGUGGGUGUGUGUGGCAGCCGCGUCCCUACUGUAUGCUGGUGGGCUGGUGCGGGCCGACUGCUGGCUCAUCGAAGGCGACAAGGGUUUCGUGUGGUUGGCCAUCUGUAGCCAGAACCAGCCCCCUUAUGAAUCCAUCCCCCAGCAGAUCAACAACACCAUAGUGGACCUGAGGCUGAAUGAGAACAAGAUUAAGAGUGUACAAUACGCCUCCCUCAGUCGCUUUGGGAACCUGACGUACCUCAACCUGACCAAGAAUGAAAUCACCUACAUUGAGGAUGGGGCCUUCUCGGGUCAAUUCAACCUGCAGGUGCUACAGCUGGGCUAUAACCGCCUGAGGAACCUUACCGAGGGGAUUCUCCGAGGCUUGAGCAAGUUGGAGUACCUCUACCUCCAGGCCAACCUCAUUGAGACGGUCACCCCCACUGCCUUCUGGGAGUGUCCUAACAUCAUGAACAUUGACUUGUCCAUGAACCGCAUCCAGAGACUAGACAGUGGUACCUUCACAGGGCUGACCAAGCUCUCCAUCUGUGAGCUUUACAGCAACCCCUUCUACUGCUCCUGUGAGCUCUUGGGGUUCCUCAAAUGGCUGGCAGACUUUACCAACAUGACGCGCACCUACGACCGUAUGCAGUGUGAGUCCCCGCCCGACUAUUCUGGCUACUUCCUGCUCGGCCAAGGCCGGACCAGCUAUCGAAAUGCCCUGAGCAUGCUGUCCAGCCUCUGCACUGACGGUUCAUACACUGUGGGAUCCCGCUUCAUCCCUGCCCGCUACCCACCCACCACCCCCCCGCCAGAGGGCCCAUGCGCCGAGGACGAGUGCUUCUCGGGAGAUGGCACCACACCCCUCGUGGCCUUCCACACUCCUGCCACCAAGUCAGAGAUGCGGCCCAACAUCUGGGUGAAGCACCUGACCCACAACUCUGCCACACUCGGCGUCCAGCUGCCCUCCCCCUUCAGGAAGAUGUACGUCCUGGCUCAGUUUGAAAAUGGGUUCUCCUCUGAUAUCACCAACUUGCACAAAGAGCGUGAGGAGAUCGAGCUGUCUAACCUCAUCACCCACACCAACUACACCUACUGCGUGGUCUCCCUGGGCCACCCGCUGCGUUACAACCACACCUGCCUCACCAUCUGUCCUACGAAGCCCCCACCGUCUCCAGGGCCCGUACCCAAUUCCUCCACUGCAACCCACUACAUCAUGACCAUUCUCGGUUGCCUCUUUGGGAUGGUGAUUGUCCUCGGAGCUGUCUACUAUUGCCUGCGGAAGCGGCGGCAGCAGGAGGAGAAGCACAAGAAGACGGCAGGGGGCAUGAAGAAGACCAUCAUUGAACUCAAAUAUGGGCCCGAGUUGGAGACACCGGGCAUCGCCCAGCUGUCCCAGGGGCCCAUGCUGGGUGGUGAGACUGUGACCCGCAUUCCCUACCUUCCCUCUGCAGGGGAAGUGGAGCAGUAUAAGCUAAUAGAAAGCAGUGAGACCCCCAAGACCACGAAGGGUAACUACAUGGAAGUUCGGACAGGAGAACAGCAAGAGAGGCGAGACUGUGAGCUAGCCCUGCCGCCAGACAGUCAGAGUUCUGUGGCCGAGAUCUCCACCAUCGCCAAGGAGGUGGACAAGGUCAACCAGAUUAUCAACAACUGCAUCGAUGCCCUCAAGUCGGAAUCUACCUCCUUCCAGGGAGUCAAGUCUGGAGCUGUGUCCACAGCCGAGCCCCAGUUAGUCCUCCUGUCGGAACAGAUUCCCAGCAAGCAUGGCUUCCUGUCCCCCGUCUACAAGGACAGCUACAGCCACCCGCUGCAGCGGCACCACAGCAUGGAGGGGCCCCCCAAACGCUCCAGCACGUCGUCCAGCGGCUCGGUCCGAAGUCCCCGUUCCUUCCGCUCUGAGGGAUCCUCUGCCCACAAGUCAGAGGCGAAGUACAUCGAGAAGACGUCGCCCACGGCCGAUACCAUCCUCACUGUGACACCGGCGGCUGCCAUCCUCCGGGCUGAGGCUGAGAAGAUCCGGCAGUACGGCGAACACCGCCACUCGUACCCGGGCUCUCACCAGGGGGAGCAGGCACCUCCCCAUGACAGCCUGGGAGGCCGCAAGCCUUCCAUCCUGGAACCUCUGACCAGACCCCGGCCCAGGGACCUGGCCUACUCCCAGCUCUCUCCCCAAUAUCACAACCUGAGUUACUCCUCCAGCCCCGAGUACACCUGCAAGCCCUCUCAGAGCAUCUGGGAGCGCUUCAAACUGAACCGUAAGCGCCAUAAAGAUGAGGAGGAAUACAUGGCGGCCGGCCACGCCCUGCGCAAAAAGGUCCAGUUUGCCAAAGAUGAGGAUCUCCAUGACAUCUUAGACUACUGGAAGGGUGUGUCUGCACAGCACAAGUCCUGAGUCCUCCUCUAUCUGUCCUCCCCACACUCCUCCCUUGCCCCUUCCUCUAGCCUCCCCUCUGCCUUCUAAAACUCGUGAUACUCAUUGGACCAAAAGGAACCGAAAUCCACAGCAGCUAUUUUUAACCCAGAGACUGUCUUUAAAAACAAAACAAAACACACACACACACACACACACACACACACAUACACAAUUAAAAAGAAGGAUCAUGCCCCCCAACUCCCCUAUCACCC